GGCAGUUGUGAACUCGAACCUGCCGCUGUCGCCGCGGCGGGCAGGGAGCGGGCGGUAGAGGCCGGCCUGGGGCUCCAUGGAUCGGUGCCGCGUCCCCGCAGGGCACGCGGGAGAGUUUUCUCUGACAUCCGGGGGCUACCAGAGUGUGGGCCGAAGCAGGCGUUGCAGCAGAAGUAUUCCCAGGAACAUUCCCAGAAGCAGCUGGAAAAAGCCUCAUCCCCAGCUCUGCAGUCUCCGGGAGGAAGAACUGAUGCUGGAACGGCGCUGCAGGGGCACCAUGGCUAUGGGCCCAGCCCAGCCCAGGCUCCUUUCUGGGCCUUCCCAGGAGUCCUCCCAGUCCAACAGAGGGCUGAAGCACCAGGGCAAGUCAGUAGCUCAGUCAAGAGGCCAAGCCCCAGGCCAGGUCCAUCGUUGUGCCCACUGUCGGAGGCGAUUCCCGGGCUGGGUGACCCUGUGGCUUCACACUCGACGAUGCCAGGCCCGGCUGCCGCUGCCCUGCCAGGAAUGCAACCAGCGCUUUCGCCACGCCCCCUUCUUAGCGCUGCACCUUCAGGUUCAUGCCUCUGCCAUCCCUGAUGUGGGUUUCACCUGCCAACUCUGUGGGCAUAACUUCCAAGGCUGGGUAGCUCUAGUGCUGCACCUGCGGGCUCACUCAGCUGCAAAGCGGCCCAUCAUUUGUCCCGAAUGUGACAGACGCUUCUGGCGACAAAAGCAGCUUCAAGCUCACUUGCGGAGGUGCCAUGCCCCUGCUCCUGAGGCCAGGCCCUUCAUAUGUGGCAAUUGUGGCAGGAGCUUUGCCCAGUGGGACCAGCUGGUUGUUCACAAGCGUGUGCACGUUACGGAGGCCCUUGAGGAGGCAGCUGCCAAGGCCCUGGGUCCUCGGCCCCGGGGCCGUCCGGCAGUGACUGCCCCCCGGCCAGGUGGAGAUGCUGUUGACCGCCCCUUCCAGUGUGCCUGCUGUGGCAAGCGCUUCCGACACAAGCCCAACCUGAUUGCUCACCGCCGUGUGCACACUGGUGAGCGACCACACCAGUGCCCAGAAUGUGGGAAGCGGUUUACCAACAAACCCUACCUUACUUCACACCGGCGCAUUCACACCGGCGAGAAGCCCUACCCGUGCACCGAGUGUGGUCGCCGCUUCCGCCACAAACCCAACCUGUUGUCACACAGCAAAAUCCACAAGCGCUCGGAGGUCUCAGCGCAGGCAGCCUCUCUCACCGGGAGCCCCCAGGUUGCCACGGAGCCCAUGACACAGCCUACACUAGGGGAUUCUCUGGGGUCCUUGCGGACCCCGGCCGAGGCAUCUGUGCCCUUGCACCGCUGUGCCGACUGUGGCCGCAGCUUCCGGCUGGAGCGCUUCCUGAGAUUACACCAGCGACAGCAUACAGGCGAGCGGCCCUUCGUCUGCCCCGAGUGCGGUAAGAACUUCGGCAAGAAGACGCACCUGGUGGCUCACUCGCGCGUUCACUCGGGCGAGCGGCCUUUUGCCUGCGAGGAGUGUGGGCGCCGCUUCUCACAGGGCAGCCACCUGGCAGCCCACCGGCGUGACCAUGCGCCAGAGAGGCCCUUCGUGUGCCCCGACUGUGGCAAGGCUUUCCGUCACAAGCCCUACUUGGCUGCGCACCGGCGCAUCCACACUGGCGAGAAGCCCUACGUGUGUCCAGAUUGUGGCAAAGCCUUCAGUCAGAAGUCCAACCUGGUGUCACACCGGCGCAUUCACACGGGUGAGCGGCCCUACGCUUGUCCCGACUGUGACCGCAGCUUCAGCCAGAAGUCCAACCUUAUCACACAUCGGAAGAGCCACAUCCGGGAUGGUGCCUUCUGCUGUGCCAUCUGUGGUCAGACCUUUGACGACGAGGAUCGACUCUUGAUGCACCAGAAGAAGCACGAUGCCUAAGAGGGGUGGUAGGUCAAGGAGAAUAGGCCUGGUUGUCCUUGGCAACAGUGUGGCAGAGGGCCCGUGUGGGGGUGCCUAUACUGACGCUGCUGGAGGGACACGUGGGAUCCCAGAGGGACAGGGGAGGUGGAGUCAGUGAUCUGGGCUCUGUUUAGGAAUAGAGUUUCCCCAGAGGGGUCAGGGAACCGAUUAUAGAAUGCAGGGACCUGGCUUUUGAGCUAGCCGGUGCCUAGCUGGGUUUUCUAAGGGUCAAUUCAGACUGCCCUGGACCCUGGAAGAGUAGCAAUAGCAGCUCCAUGUACCCUUUGAGUCCUCGGCUAGAGGAGCCACCAGUGGGAAGGGAGCCACUCCAUCCUCUGGUGUAAACGCCUUAAUGUCCCAGUCUUCAUUAUGAGUUACUUCAGGUCAUUUUUUUGGAAGUAGGUGUGGUAUAGUCAUUAGUAAAUGAAUCCUGGGACAGGGAAAGUGGGCCAGCUGGAUACACCUUGGUGAACCUGCUGACUUUGUUAGGCAGCAGGACAGGUGAAGCUGAGCUGUAUCUUCUUUUUUAACCAGUGCCCUUCUACAGUGCCUCCUGUAUAGGUACCCAGAUGUGUAGAGGCCCAUCUAUGAUUGCCGGUUGUCCCUCCAGGGUAAACAUUUAUUUACUCCUUCACCUGCCUGGCUUUAUUUGUGCUCCCCACCACCACCAGAGUAUAGGGCUACCUUGGUGGUUUUGUUUAAACCCCUAACUCUCCAGCGCUUCAGGAGUUCUGGGAAAGACUAGCUCACAGAUGCUGAGGGUUUGACUGCAGGGAACAUCCUGGGUAGAUUUCCUUUUUUUAAGUUUCUAGGGUGAGGAUGCCAGCCUCUACCCAUUCACCUGGGUGCUGGGGCACUCUUACCUCCAGAGGCACUGAUUCUAUUGUAGGGUGAGUCUAAUUGUUAGAAAUCCUUACUUAUAAUGAUUGGAUUCUGCUUUCCUAUGAUUUCUGCCUACUGGGUCUUGUUUUGUUCUCUGGAUCUAAACAACCCUUUACCCUCCUUUUCAAACUAGAGAAUAAAGAUUUGGUUUUAGAAGUAA